UUGCAGGAUGUGCAAUAUGCUGUUUAAAGAGAUUUACAAAAGCCGAAUGCAUCGAAAUGUUUUCAAGUCUUUCGUAAUGUUGUUCUUCUGAUAAAUAGCUGCUGUCUGCACCGCCGCACCCAAAAAAAAAAAAAUACGGCCGAGUCGUGGAGGCAGGCCACAUUUCCUAUCAGUGUUGAUAUGUUUAGGUGUGUGUUAUUCUGAUAUGAAAGCACACAGGGAGUGGACCAGAGAACACACAGUUAUGCGUUACGUAACCAUUAUGUAAACCCGGUGUUGGUGACCUGUGGGUGUGUCGCGUAAAAGUCGGACAGUUGUUUUUGUUGCGUGUUUACGCGAGCAUGGCUGUGAGAGGGGACGUUCAGAUAGUCAUUAUAGGCAGUGGGAUAUCAGGUAUAUCUGCGGCAUGCAAACUCGUUAACGCAGGUUUUCAAAAUGUACGAAUACUGGAAGCGACGUCCAGAAGCGGAGGACGAAUUAAAACAGCCAAACUGGGUAAUAACAUUGCGGAAAUAGGUGCAAGUUAUAUCCAUGGUCCGUCGGAGGAAAACCCUUUAUUUGGUCUGGCUCAGGAUUAUGGCCUCCUGGAUCCAGAAGCUGCGAGUCCAGAAAACCAGGCUAUGGACAUCGAUGAACGUCCUCCCUGGGUCCCUAACUUUUUCAGCAGUUCAGGUCAGAGGUUAAACGCUGAAGAAAUGAAUCCUGCUUUGGAGUUAUACAACGAGCUGAUGGAUGACACGGUGCCGCUUGGGAAUGUAAAGGAAAGUCCGUGGCCCAGCGUCGGACAUUUCCUUCGAUCGGAGGCACGCAAACGAGCAGCAGAGAGGUGGAGAGAUAAAGAUAUAACCACCCAGGAGCAGCUGCUGUGUGCCGUCAGCGCCAUGUUGAAAGGGGAGUGCUGUGCCAGUGCGACUCACACCAUGGAAAACAUUGACCUGAUGGGAUUUUGUAUGUACAAGAGUCUACCUGGACUGGACUGCACAUUCCCAGGUGGUUUUGAAGGCCUGGUCAAGAACUUGAUGUUGGAGCUCCCUGCAGAUUUGGUCUCAUACAAUCGUCCCGUCCGCUGUGUCCACUGGAACAACACACAGAGCAGAGUGAAAGCUGUGACGGUCGAGUGUGAUGACGGGGAGAGGAUCGCUGCUGAUCACGUUAUCGUCACAGUGCCUCUAGGAUACCUGAAGAAGAAUCACUCAACAAUGUUCAGUCCUCCUCUCCCGGCACACAAGCUGAACUCUGUCCACAAACUAGGAUUUGGAACGUGCAACAAAGUAUUUGUAGAGUUUGAAUCUCCGUGGUGGGACGAUGGCUGUGAAAUUAUCUACCUGGUGUGGAACGAUGAGAAGGACAUUGUGGACCAGGUGUCAGACAUAAAAAAAUCGUGGAUAAGAAAGAUGUCAACGUUCACUGUGCUCAAAGGCUCUGAUGGCCAUGUUCUGUGUGGCUGGAUCGCUGGGCAUGAGGCGGAGCACAUGGAGACGCUCACUGAGCAGCAGCUCAAACACUCCGUCACAGGGCUUUUCCGCACAUUCACAGGAGACUCGUCUAUAACACCAAAGAGAAUCCUGCGCACACAGUGGUUCAGUGACCCCUGGACCUGCGGAUCCUACUGCUACCCAGCGAUAGGCUGUUCAGCUAAGGACCUGGAGAAUAUGAUGGAGCCUCUGCCUACGAGUGAAUCACAGUCACAGGCCUUGCAGGUGUUGUUUGCAGGAGAGGCGACUCAUCCUUUCUUCUACUCCACCGUUCACGGAGCUCUCCUCACCGGCCGACGGGAGGCAGAUCGACUCAUCAAUCACUACUCCUCCUUCAGUUCACGAAGACAACCAUAUAGCGAAAGGACAAACAAAAGGACAUAAACACUUUUCCAUUUCAUAGAAUCGUCUUAGAAAAUAGCACACAAUGUACUUUGCAAUUCUUUUUUACUUUUUUAAAUCAACAGUCUUUUUUUGUUGAUCCUCUUUUUUUGUUUUCUCAUUUUUCUUUCAAUCUUAAACUUCUCUGAUGAAAAUAACGAUAAGAAGGAGGACAGAAAAAAGAAGCUGACACAAUUUAAUUUUUCCUGUUUGUCUAUGAUUGUAAAAGAACCACAAAUGAUUUCUAACCACUGUUUCAAAAACACAAACACUAUUUGAAUGACUUUAUUGUAUUCUCCUCUGGGAUUAUUUGUGGAAAAAUACUUGAAAACAUACCUCACUCAAAAAGUUCUACAUAUCAAAUCAUCACAAAGUUAAAGCUUAAAGCUCAUGUGAGGUGUUUGUGUCCAUUUUGGCGACCCCAUGUGGACAAAGGCGUACCUUGAUCUCUUUGAAAGAUUAUCAGGGAACGUACAUUUCAUUGUGAAUCUUUGCCCUGAAAAUUGAAAGGAAAUAAGGCUGUUUUAGCAGGUUGUCGUUAAUCGACUCAUCUGACGCAUAACCUGCGGCACUGUCACAAGCAUUAAACAUAACUAAAUAGAAAUAAUCUUGUGGCUGAUGCCCUUGUUUGCUUUUUUUAUGUCAUAGAGGCAUCAGUAUUCAUUUCAGUCUUUUUACAUAACCAGCUAAAAAUCCCUCAGGAGCUUUAAGGGUCUUGGUGAAAAUGUUCAGUUUGCAUCUUGAAUUGAAUAAAGUGAGUAACAUGAAUAAUCACUGACAUGGUUUGAAAAGGAACAUUUCUAAAUAUUGCCUUACCUCUGUCUUUGUUUGAAUUAAAACUAAGCUUGUUUUAGACUUACGGGAUUUGUUAAAGUAAUGACCUAACUUGAUUUAUGGGCCCCUACACUUAAUAAAGAGAACAAUACAUAACUGUAA